AUGCUGCGCGGCCAGGGCCCAGCGGUGACUGCCGCUGGCGAAUGUACACGCAUCAUGUAUGCUGGCCAAACAAGAUACGAGGUUAUCCACAAGUGGUCCCCACACGAACGAGGAAUCAAGCUUCGCACCACCUUGUUGGACAGCAAGAGGAAGGGCAGAAAAGCCGCGGAGAACACAGGCUACUGCGAGGCUAGCGAAGUGGUUUUGUCCAACUUGGCCCGCGAAAAGGCUGACGCCAUCAUGGCGGGCAAGCGAAACGCAGCUCGGAAGAACGGCAUACCACAAGGCGGCGGAAGCGGGGGUUGCGGGGCAGACAGGGUUAUGUCCUGCCCCGUCAUCGCCGCCAUCCAGGGUUCGCAUGAGGGAUUGAGGACACGUUCUUCUGCCACCACCAACCCGGCUGCUAAUAACCCAGAGGUAAAGUGUGUUGAAACCCGGCAACUGGUAGCGGGAGCAUGUGUGUCUGACGCCGACUCUCUUCCCCCCUCCACCGCCUCACCCAACCGCCGCAGCUUGCACAGUGCGUAUGACUUCGGGGACCCCACCUACCUUGGGAAUUGUACCCUGUACUGGGGAACGGGAAUCCGUUCAGGCUUGAGCUUCGCCCAUUACGUGCGUAAGGACGGGUGGGGGGGCAUGGAUUGCGGGCGCUGCCUUGAUGUCUCUGUGUGCCCGAGCCGCACGGUCAACGGGCAGAAACGUCGUAUUCACCCUGUGGUCGAGACUGUCGACGCUGUGGCGGCGACGAACUGCAGCGCCAACACUCUUCUCCUCACCGAGGAGGAAGCUCGAUCGGAGGCCAGGAAGAUAUGCUCGUGCUCCUGCGGCGGAGGGGAUGACGGGUGGACCGACUUCAUGUGCCGUCAACAGCCAGACACAUGGAUACAAUGGGCGGUGACGGUGGGGGGUAUGGAGGAGGACCCGGCAUUUGUGGCCGUAGAAGAGUUCGGCUACAUUCACGCGAGGACGGCGAAGGAAUGGCCUGGCCAGGUCAAGUAUCACCCCAGGAUCUUCGACGGCUCGACCGGCCCCUGA